AUGGAGACCACACCUGGCUCUCUUUUCUAUCCACGGUAAGAAUGUUUGGGCAAGCGAGGGUGACUCCACAUUGAUACAUCAAAUGCAGCUGCAUAGGCAGUGUCAGAGAUGGUGAUAAUGAUGAUAUAUUAAUUUAAUGCCAAUAUAGGCUUCCAAGUGGAUCACAAAUGUUCUGGAUUAACCAGUACUGUAUUGGAUUAAAAGGCUGAAUCCUAUGCAUAUUUUCUUGGAAGUAAGUAAGUGGGUUUGAGAGUGUUGCUCUCAAAGAACUAUACAGUUAUUUUGUAUUAUUACAACAGAACAAUACUGUUGAGCUACUGUUCUGGAAAGCAACAUAAUGCUUUUUCUGACUCUUUAGUGCUAUAAAACACACACAGUUUGAAUUGGAUCAGUGUGUUCUCAGACGGCUUCUUUUCUGCAACCAGGAGAAAAAGCCUGACUUAUUUUUAUCUCAUAAAAUGCUGUCACUUCCAUUCCAUUCUUAACCUAUAUCAAAAGCUAUAGGGUAUCACUUUUUAAAUGCUAGGAAGUAUAAGGAGGAAAUGAGCAGGAAGCGAUUUUGAUGAGAUGGAAGAAUAGUACAGCUUCAGGAGGCCUUGGGAGUGUGGAAGACAAAGGAAGUGGGACUUUGCUCCUGCUUCUCAGUCUCUCUGCAACUUUGGAUGCAAUUGGCCAUGGUUUCUUCCUUGGACAGAAAUAGGAAUUGGGGACAGCAAUGUCUUACAGUGGCUCUGGUCCCACGACAGACCAUUUACAGUGAAUUUAUUUCACAGGAAGUUGGGUGGGAACAGACGGUGUAUCUGCUAGAGGAAACUUAGCGGUGUGUACCUAGAGAACCACCCACAAAGUUGUGGUGCAGCCUUAACAGAGCAUGUGAUUAACUUAAAAAUGUGUUUAGCUUUGGCUAGAAUAAGCCAUCCCCUUGACACCAGAAGGCAGGUGAAAGGGUGGUGUCAGGGAACUGACAUCAGAGCUAGAGGCGGAGGGAAGGCUCUCAAAUGAUGCUGGAGAAGGGCCCAGCAGGGAGAGAGGCAGCUCCGCAGAUGGGGAAGCAAAUCAGCGCAACACCAGGGAUAAAGGGGGGCUGAUGGGGGAAUCGGCAAGAGGGCUCCAGGACUCUUCACUGGACACCAGCGGGGAGAGCACGGGUCCUCCUCUACCCACGCCCUCCCUGCGCAGAAGACUUCCGCGCAGAGAGAGUAGGAGGAGACUGGGUGUCAAACAACUUUUAUGUUGGAAGAGAUUUAAGAAACGCCCACUGACGGAUUCUGCUAGCGACUGAGGCAGCCACGAAGUGAAGGGCUGCCCAGACUGAAAGGUUUAGCAAGGCAACAAAGCCAGGAGAGGCGGCAACUUACGCACGAGCAACCCAUACUCAUUACAGGUGGCAUAUUUUUCACUCCUCAGCAGCAUGCUGUAAUACAAUUGCACUGGAAUAUAUGAUAUCAAGAAGCUUUUAAAACUGCUUUCAUGUGGCCUCAACCUGGCCACCUGUUGGUGUCAGUGCUUUUGCUAGGCUAUCUCGUUUAAUUUUACAUUUUAAUAACUUAUUCUGAGCGGGGGCAAUGCCUAAGCAGCAACGAAGAACCCUGCUGCAGAAAGGAUCAAAGUGCAUGCAACACUGCAGCCAUAAUUUCUCAAUAUUGAUUUAUCUGCAGAAUGGAUCAAUACAGGCUGGCUCCACAAGCACCUUACCCAGGCAACGUUGUGGUGGUUGUCCCUCCAAGCCACGUUGGUGCAGGACAGAAGAAACUCAUAGAGGAAAAUGAUGCUCUGGGGGUAAGAUUGCAUUUUCCCUAAAUACCUGUAUGCUUGGGCUAAGCAAAGGGAAAGGCUGUGAAUGUGGUGUAUGGGUACAAAACACCAUGUGUUUAGUCGUUUAGUCGUGUCCGACUCUUCGUGACCCCAUGGACCAGAGCACGCCAGGCCCUCCUGUCUUCCACUGCCUCCCGCAGUUUGGUCAGACUCAUGUUUGUAGCUUCGAGAACACCGUCCAACCAUCUCGUACUCUGUCGUCCCCUUCUCCUUGUGCCCUCCAUCUUUCCCAACAUCAGGGUCUUUUCCAGGGAGUCUUCUCUUCUCAUGAGGUGGCCAAAGUAUUGGAGCCUCAGCUUCAUGAUCUGUCCUUCCAGUGACCACUCAGGGCUGAUUUCCUUAAGAAUGGAUGCGUUUGAUCUUCUUGCAGUCCAUGGGAUGCAAAACACCAUAGAAAAAUAUAUACAAAACACAAAACACCAUAGAAACACAAAACACCAUAGAAAAAUAUAUACAAACAUCAUCUCAGGAACAUAAGAAGCUGCCUUGCACUGUGUCUAUUGAUCCAUCAGGCUCAGUAUUGUCUACACGGAGGGGCAGUAGCUCUCCAGUCUUUUCCAGCCCUGACUGGAGCUGCUGGGGGAUUGAGCCUGGGACUUCCAGCAGGCAGUGUUUGAGCUCUACCACUGAGCUAUGACCCUUCCUUUCAGGAUUCACCCUCUUGGGCCAAUGUAAGAUAUGGUCUAUAUAACGGUAUGCUAACCAAGGAACUAGUAGUUCCAUCAAGGGCAGAAGGAUUCCCAGCAUUUUUUCUCAAUUUUGGUUUCCCCAAUUUUUUGCAGAGGGUGCUAUGACAAGUACUUGUUUAAAUUUUGUAUGUGUGUGGGAUCCCUGGGCCUGUUUAGCACCAUCCUUCUUCUCUUAGGGCGGAUCUAUACUCUAAACACUAACACUAAAAAUGGGUUUCUGAUAACCGUGUAUAGCCAGUGCUUUUUUCUGAUGGGACGCAGGGUUACACAUACAGUGGUGCCCCGCAAGACGAAUGCCUCGCAAGACGGAAAACCCGCUAGACGAAAGGGUUUUCCGUUUUUGAGUUGCUUCGUAGGACGAAUUUCCCUAUGGGCUUGCUUCGCAAGACGAAAAUGCCUUGCAAGUCUUGAGAUUUUUUUUUCGCUUCCCCCCCCCCUUAUCUAAUCUGCUAAACCUUUAAUAGCCUUUAAUAGCCUUUUAGCAGCUAAUCCGCUAAGCCUUUAAGCCUUUAAUAGCCGCUAAACCGCUAAUAGCGCUAAUCCGUUAAGCCGCUAAUAGGGUUGCUUCGCAAGACGAAAAAACCGCUAGACGAAGACUCUCGCGGAACGGAUUAAUUUCGUCUUGCGAGGCACCACUGUACCCCUAAACAUUUUGUGAAUCUUUGUACUUGUGUCCAUUUACUGUACUUAUUUUCCCCGAUUUGAACUAUAAAAUGGUGGUUUUCUUGAGUCAAAAUGAGAGUACCCCUAAACAUUUUUUAAGAACAAAAAGCACUGCAUAUAGCCAUAUGACGUUCUUUUUAAACAUUAAUAAUGUGUUAUUAAAAUGUGGAAAAGGAAACCAACGCCUUCAUGUUUAAAUUAAAGUGAACUGGAUGUUUAAUAAUGUUUAAAAUGUGGGUGUAGAUCCAGCCUUAGAUGGAUUGCAAUUUUCCUCCUUCUGGCUGCAGAUAAGGGCCACACUCCAAGUCUCAAACUCAAUCUCAAUCCAAGCGCUCUGCCAGGAGACUUUCCUUUUUCCUUCUGAAGGUGGCAGAAGAAGAGUAUAAAUCAAUUUUUAAGAAACAGUGGGUUCUCUUUCUGCUGAGAAAGCUUUGUAGUGAGGUGUCUCUUUCAUAGAUUUAACUGUAUGAUUAAUCAACUUGAACUCUCAUGUGUGUUGUGCUGAGAUUUAAAGACAAUUUCAUUUCAUUUAGGCUAUUUAGAUUCUGGUGUGUGUUGUAAUAGAGAAUGGGAGGGGAAAGAACACUGAAUAUGCCCUUCCCUUUGAAACAUUGGUGGUAGCUGUCGUUUAUUAAAUUCUACGUAUUCUCACAGUUCCAUCAAUGUGGAAAGGUUCCCCCCACUGUUCUAUACUGUAUAGUCAUUUGUGAUUUUAUGAUAGUGCUGUAGUUUUGAGGAGGACAAUAUGGAUUAUAUGGGGCUUGUGAAGUUCAGUUAAUAGUGUGCAUAUGACAUGGUCUCUAAGCCAGCUGUUUUAUUUAAUCUUUUUCUAAUUUUGUCAUCUUCCUAAAGGCUAUGCAGGUGGUUAUUGCUAUGAUACAUCUUGGUCUUGGAGGCAUUUUGCUCUUUUCAUCAAAGGAUUGUGACACAUGGAUCAUGACUGUCUGGUAUCCCUUCUGGGGGGGUGCCCUUGUAAGUAGAAUGAAUAGUAUUGUUGUUGAUUCAUCGCAAUAUCAUGUUUUCUUGAAGAGAGUGUGGCUGUAGAAUAGUGUUGUCUGUGUCAAAUUCCUUUUGGGGGACAAAUCAUUCAUCACCCCUUCAAGCAAUUAUUUAUUGACCAUUCAUCCUGAUUUGCUUAUGCCAGCAGGGGUUUUUUAACUUUCUGCUUCCAGGGCCUACUUGAGAUGGCUAAAAGCUGUUGAGGUCCACCAUACAGAAAACCAUUCACAAGAUGGCAGCCGAUACAGGGAGAGCUUGGCAUAAUCAGCAGUUACCAUGGACAUAGCCAAAGGUGGGCAGGGAGGGACAGCUCCCCCCCCCCCAUUGAUAAAAAUCAAUAAAAAUGCAUAGCUGAGCUCCCCCCCCCCCCCGCAACAAAAGGCCUGUCCAUCCCCUUAACAAAAAUCCUGGCUACACCCAUGACAGUUACUAACAUUUUCUACUGAUAUCAGAUCCAUCUUUGGAAAUUGCUGCAUUCUUUGUCACAGCAUUUUGGCAAGCAGUUCCAUAGAUCAUCUUUCCUCAAGAUAAGUACAUACAUUGGCUCUGGAGCUCUUUUUCUGAUAUACUCCUCUUUCUGAUAUACUUCUCCCUUCACACACCCCUGUGUGACCCUCAAAGCAUUUUAUCCAUCUCCUGUAAUAUAUUCUCCUGUUCUCCUUUCACACUCCAUUUGUACCUGAUUUCUCCUAUUUUUUUCAUCCCCAACCCUUUAAUACCCAGUUCUUCCACCUAUAACAGUUUCCCCUUUUUAUGCUCUUCCUUUCUAUUCUGAGUUAUUCUCAAGAACAACAAUUUAUUUCACUCUUUUAUUUCCUUCAACUGGCUGUUUCUCCAUAGAAAAGAGAGGCCCCCAUGAAAGUGGCCCAAGACCCGCUGGUGGGUCCCAAACCAAUGUUUGAGAAACACUGGCAUACACCAGUUGUUGGAUAACAAUGACAAUCCCAGGUUCACCCUGACAUGCUUGCAGAGUGUUUACAUGUCUUCCUCACUAGUCGUUUGUUCAUCCCAAACAUUUCAGUGAAUUUCUUCAUCAGUUUCCAAACAGCAAAAGUGGGUAUCGCACUAGGCAGAACAGCCUCUUAAUCUUCUUUAAACACACAAACUCAAAAGUUCUGGUAUAUGAUGGAAUCACUCUUACAAAAUACUGACAGCCUGGAGGCAUCCUCUGUCCCCCAUUGGUUAAUUAGGAUACUAAUGCCUUUGCCUCACAGGACUGUCAUAAGACUCAAUGAGAAAACUGAGGUAAAGCCCUUUGAAAAGUAUAGCUUGAUUAAUAAUGAAGCAAAUUUUCAUAUUACUAAAAGAAAAAGAAAAAUGAAAUGUUAUGAGUGUAGAUAUUUUUUAAAUGGUUUUGUCCCAGAAUAGUAUAAAACCAGGUCACACUUGCCACCAUUCCAAACACAUUCCUUUUCUUCUGAAACCUUUCGUACAAAGUGAAUAUUUAACAGGGUAUUUUGAAGCGUACUGUGAAUUACUUCUGAGUAGGCAUGCAUAGGAUUGUGUUGCACUUGACCCAAAAUUGGGUGGAAAGGCAGUGUUGAAUGGUAUUAAAUAUGUAGAAAUGUCUAAGUCAGGCAUGUCCAAAGUCCGUUUCAGGGGCCUAAUCCGGCCCACUGGUCGGUUUAAUCAACAACUUUGGUUGGCCCUUUGGUGGGCCCUCAUGGCCCUUCACUUCAUCAAAUCUGGCCCUCUUUGAAAAAAGUUUGGACACCACUGGUCUAAAUGGAGGGUGGUUUUUGUUUGUUUCUGUUUUAAAGAGCCUGAUAAUGUAAGUAACAUACUUCUUACUGUCUACUAUUUUCGGUUUUUCUCUCUCCAGUUCUUAAUUUCAGGAUGCCUUUCAUCAGCAGUGACAAGAAAAUCAGUUGCAGGUCUGGUAGGUUGAUGUGACUUAACCCUGCUGUGUUUUUAAUUGUUAAAACAACCAACAAUCCAGGACUAUCAGAUGAAAAGGUACCGUUUGUUUCCAUAGCCCAGAAUUAGGUAAACUUUUUUGACCUGGGAAGCCAGAUCUUUGUCACCUGCAUCCAGCCAACCAUGACACCCACCCAUCAAUCAUCUCAUGCCCAAAAGAUGCCAGUUGAUUGACAGGUGGCUGGUCACACCCAUCUGUCAAAGUUGGGCUACAGAUGUGGGGGAAGAUAGCAAGCAGGAUUGAACUCUGCCCGUAGAACUGGGAUGGGUUCAAUCCUGCUUUCUGCAGGCUGUGGGUAUGCAAGGGAACUCCCUGCAGGGGAUUCCCCCACACAACCAAAUCGAGCUCCUUUUUCUCAGGGAUCAAUUGCACAUACUAGUCCCUCAGACAUAAUUAAUGCGUGCGGCCAAACCAAGCAGGAUGGAGAGGGGAACCCACCCUUUAGAUGAUGCCAAACGCUAUUCCAAGUGACACCAACUGAUUGACAGAUUGCUGUGGUUUACAGGAAAUGGCCCCAUGAGCCAAACUAGAACCUCUGGCGGAGCAAGACUGGCCCACAGGCUUGAGGUUCCCUACCCCUGCCAUAGCCCAAGGCACACAAUAGUCCCUAAGAGAAUGGAAAGUUGGCUUUGAAGGAUGUGUAUACACACUUUCCCCCCCUCUCAGGUCAUAUAGAUUUUUCAGGUAGCUAAAAGAUAAAAAUAUUUGCAAAAUCUGUUUGCCGGAUGCAAAAUUGAUAGAUGCAUCCAUCACACCAGCAGCAGUCUCUCUUUCAAGUUGCUUUCAACUUUGAAGGGGGUAACAGAUUGCCUCUCGCUUGCUGCCACUGGUUCAAACGCGGCUCCACCAUAUAAUAAUAAUAAUAAUAAUAAUAAUAAUAAUUUAUUUAUACUCCGCCCAUCUGGCUGAGUUUCGCCAGCCACUCUGGGCGGCUCCCAAUCAAGUGUUAAAAACAGUACAGCGUUACAUAUUAAAAACUUCCCUGAACAGGGCUGCCUUAAGAUGUCUUCUGAAUGUCAGGUAGUUGUUUAUCUCUUUGACAUCUGAUGGGAGGGCGUUCCACAGGGAGGGCGCCACUACCGAGAAGGCCCUCUGCCUGGUUCCCUGUAGCCUCACUUCUCGCAAUGAGGGAACCGCCAGAAGGCCCUCGGCGCUGGAUCUCAGUGUCCGGGCUGAACGAUGGGGGUGGAGACGCUCCUUCAGGUAUACAGGACCAAGGCCGUUUAGGGCUUUAAAGGUCAGCACCAACACUUUGAAUUGUGCUCGGAAACGUACUGGGAGCCAAUGCAGAUCUCUCGGAACUGGUUAACCAUUAAGAAACAUUAAGCUCACUGUGUAGCAUUUGGCCGCCUAGCCCACUUCACACAAACAACGAAGACCAUUGUAACCCCUUAGAAAAGACAAACAAAUGUAUUGUGGCUGUCCACCUGCCCUGGGGUGUGGAACUGAGCUAGAGUAUGGCUCCUUGAGUUAAGGUUCAUUAUCAACACCCUUUUAUUUUGGAGCCAAGGGAACACCAGAACCUACAGGUGUGUACCUCAGAGUAACUCUUAGCUAACACCCUCAGCCACCUGCUAGAAAGAGUUGACUCUGUUGCCCCUUUACACACAUGUAACAUGCAGAGUGCAACCCGGCAUGUGGUUGUGGUGAAUUCUCCUCAGGAGGUCAAACAGGCAAAUGACCCCAAGUUCCAAAUUUUUUAGGAAAACAAAAAAGGUUUUGUUAAGGAUUAUGAUAAGGGAAGUUGGAGAAAUAAGGCAGCUGUUCAAACUAAAAGAGUGGUACUCUCGAAAUAACCCACUCUGUACACUUAUUGAAAGAGAGAUUUCAUUAGAAGCAUUCACAAAGUUGUUUCAGGAAAGAUAAAAGAAGGCCAUUUACACACUCCUGUUUACUCUGUAUCCUGUGCGCUCCCACUGCUGGUUUAUUUAUUUAUUUUAAUAAUAUUUAUUACAUUUUCCAAAUUAACAAUCCAAUAAAGGCCACAUUAAAGAUAUUCCAAAUUAUAAAAUAAUCAAUCAGACCAAAUAUUAAGCCAAAUCAUAAUCAUAAAUCUUUUUUUGACUUCCCAUACUGUUAGGUCGGAGGAUUGCGAUCAUCUCACAUUUGCACUGCUUUCUUAAUUAGUCCAGGUGUUUCCCAUAAAUCAGUCUGAUGUUAAUCCUUCAUUUGUUUUCACAGCCUGCAAGCGAGUUAUAUCAAAACAAUAUGUUUCUGUGUGGUUGUUUAUUUCAUCCUUGUCUUUCACUUUUGAUUCUUCACCAUGCCUGUAUCCCAUGCGACACGUGCAUCCCAAAAUGGAGGAAAUCUGGCUUUCUGCCAAUUAUUCCAGGCAAAUGUCCAAACCUCUCCGUUUCAAUUCAUGCCAGAACAAAUUAGCCUGUACUUUGGUCAGAAGCCUCCAUUCCCAUCUUCCACUCUUAACAGUCCUUCCAAAUUAGUUGUAAAGCUUCUUAAAUCUUUUCCCACACAGUUAAUAAUUAAAUCAAAAUUAUAUCAAUAUUACAAUACAAUACAAUCUCACUUGCAUACGUGAUCAAUCGGUAUUCAGACUUUCCAGGGGGAUUUGCCAAGUAAAAUAGCAAAUUAUAAACCAAAUUGUUCAUAGAUAGGAGUGAUCUUGAACCGAGGUACCACUGUACCUACGGUAAGUAAUUUGUGUCCAUUAAUUUCAAUGAGUCUACUUUGAGUAUGACCGUUGCUGGAUAUGACCCAAAUAUUUUUGGUGGCACCUUGAAGAUUCGUGGAUUUAUUGUGUGGCAUAAAUUUUUGUGGACUAAAUCACUGACAUCCCAUGGCACUCCAUGUGGAGAAGGCAACAGAAGGACAGAGCCAAUGCAUAAAACAUCAGGUUGCUUUUCCACACAUUCCUCUGGUGGCUUGGUGGCUGCUUUGGCUAGGUUAAUUUAUACUAGUUGUCCCCUAUACUUGCCCUGUUUUUUUCCUCCAUGACGUGCUAUGUUACUGGAACCUCCUAUAACUCUGUAACCUGAAUCUCCCACAUUUUGCAUUUCUGCUGGGUCUUUGAUGUUCUGAAAGCCUCUUAGACAAGCGACAGUAUGUAGGGUGCCUCAUUCUUACCAGAAUCAAUCCCCUCCCUCGUGCUCCCAUAGUCAGAGCUGGCAAAGGCGAGGGUCAGGUUUGGUUGCUGAGAUCAUUCUCCCCGUCUCACCCAUAUCCCCACCCAACCCAUAAAUUAAUUAAGCAAAACUUUCUCUUUCUCUUCCAGAGAGCAUUCAGUUACCUCUUUAACACUCUUAGUGGCCUCGGUGCAAUCGCUGGAAUGUGUCUUUUGCUGAUUGAUGUAAUAAAAAAUAGAGAGAGAAACUCUUAUGCAGUUACGGAGACAUCUCACUUUAUAUCCAAAUAUCUUCUUCCACAAAUUCCUAAUAUUUCAAACUAUUGCAAGACCACUGGGGCAUAUGAAAUGGUAAGUUCCUGGAUUCCAUACAAGGCUAGUUCCAGGUUUAAGGAGGCCCUGGCCAAGGUGUUCUUUGGUGGUUCCCUUCCUCUGUUAGUUGGCCCUCCCAAGCUUACGUCACUGUGGCAACAGCAUGCCAACCAAUGCCAUGCCUUUAAAUUUCCAGAGUGCCUCACAACGAUGCCAAGGCAGGAAACCAAACAGGGGGCUAAAUCCAGCCACCUAGAGCUACUAGGAGUGGUAGGCCAGAAUAUAUUAAAGGGAUGAGACAGGUAGCAGCAGAGCACCAAGUUCUGUUCACGUGGUGGUCAAGGUGGGCUGGAGAGAAGUGCCUGAGAAAAUGUUCGUGGGGAGGUAAGGAGGAGAGAGGGAUAGAAUUCAUCUCCUUGCUGCUGCUGCUGCAAUGAAAAUAGCAAUUCCCUUCUCACCCUCUGCAUUAUAUUUGAAUGGGAUAGACUGUGUGGCGACAAAUGUGGCUACCCAUCACAUCCAGUCUGGCCCUGUGUCUCAAUCCUUUAAGUGCCUGGAGAGAGAGGCUGGCCUCUACAGCUUUACACAGUGCUACACACAUCCUAAGGGCCACUGGUGACCCAUCCUGACCUCUCUUUGACCCUCCUGCAUCCGGUCCCACUGAUCCUCUUGCCCUCCUCCUCCUGACACAUUCUCCUCUCCCCAUUAUUCCUUUCCCUUUCAUACAGAUCCACCAGCACCAGGCAAGGUAGCUGAACUUAAACAGACCACCAAGCAUACACAGAGUUGAAAAGGCAGGAUGGAGAGAAAGGCAACCCCACUCUUGUGGCAUAGAUCUCCUCACUUCCUCUAGUGUUGAGACUUUUGCAGGGGGAGAUUUAUGACUGGUGUCAAUCAUAAAUGGUUGAUGUCAUUUAUGACUUGCUGGAUGUCAAGCAAGUAAAAAACCUAAUAUUAGGGCUCAUUCAUACUUCUAUUUGCCCCUCAGCUUUCCCCUGGGAGAAUACACUCUUUACUGCUGAAUAGGAACAAGCGGCAAUCAGAUUUUCAACGGAGUGCUGUUUGCUCCAAUUAAGCAGUAAAGAGAAAGUUUUCCCAGGGAAAACAGUAGGGCAAACAAGAAAGUGCUCAGACCCAUGCCUAGGAAGCACAGGACAAGCGGAAAACCUCUUGGACCCAUGCUUUCUAGGCAUGGGAUAAUCCGCAGAAGCGUGGAUAAGCCGUUGAUUGGACAAAAUAUAGAAUAUAUUGUUAUAGGACUGUUAUUCUGAGCUCUGAAAGUGACUUAAUCUUAAGUUCCUUGUGUUGUAUUCUCCUGCACAAAGCUUCUUGUGUGAGUGUCACCCUAAAGCUGAGAAUGAGAUCAUUCUCCUUGCAUUAAUGUUUGAUAUUUUUAACUGGCUGGUUGUUGUUUUUUGCAGGGAAUUCUGUGUGUGAUGCUUUUCUUCUCUUUCCUCGAGGCUACAACUGCUUUUUCAGUUCUCUACAAUAGCAGGGUGAGGAUCCAGUAGCUCAUAAUAUAAGCAAAAAUAUAAGAGAGUAUUCUGCCUCCCGUCCUUUUGUUGUAUGUUUAUUUAGUGGUAUGCUAAGUGGCUUGCAAAACAAGACUGGCUUACUAGGCUCACUAGGCUGAAUUCACACAUUCAUGUUUAUCACCUGAUGACUUUAGUCUCCCAUGAUGGCAUGUAGGUAUGAAAUGGUUAUCAUCACAGAACAUGGAACAAGUGGGAAACCCAGCCAGAUGGGUGAGGUAUUAAUAAUAAUAAUAAUAAUAAUAAUAAUAAUAAUAAUAGUUGUUGUUAGAGCCCCUCCAACACAAUGCAAAGCUGACAUGAGGGUGUUUUCAUACAUGGGGCUUAACAGGGGAGGACUUCAGACUUGCAGGAUCUGUGUUGUUGUUUUAAUGUAAUUCCAAGAUCCAGCAAACAGAGCCAGGUGCAAAAGACUGAGAAUUAAAGCCAUCAUUCUGAACCCAAGAGUUUGUUUUGAGUACCAGAAGCUGCUCUCACAGUCCUUCCCCAUACAAAUUCUGGAUUUUCCCCACCACCUUCAUUUCAACAAAUGGGGAGGAAUGUCGCUUUGUUGUUGCUGUUCUACAGUGAUUUGACAGCUGGAAAUCUUUGCCCAUCUUCUUAAAAUCACCCUCUCAGCAGAAGUGAGCGAGCAAGGAGGACUAUGCCAGUGAGAGAAACCAGUUAUAGUUCUGCAUGUCUUAUCCCAGAAGAAAUAAUCCUUUCUAGGGGCACCCCUUGGAAACCCCCUUGGGAAGGGCUAUAGUUCAGUGGCAGAGCAUCUUCCUUGCCUUCAGGAGGCCCCAAAUUCAACAUCUCAACAUCUUCAGGUAGGACUGGAAGACUCCUGCCGGAGACCCUUCGAGAGCCACUGCCAGUCAGUGCAGACGCUGAUCUAGAUCAGUGGUUCCCAAUCUUUUUUUUUGGCCAUGCCCCACCUAAGCAUCUCUAAUAUUUUGAUCCCCCCCUCUGGUGAUAUAUAAUUCUUAUUAUUCAAAAAGUGAAGUCCUAUUCACGUGGAGGAAGCUUAAAGGGCCAUUAACUGUUAAUAACUCAUUCUCGAAUUGCCCCCCUUAAAAAUCUAUUUGCCCCCCUGUGGGGCAUGUGUCCCACGUUGGGAACCACGGAUUUAGAUGGAGCAAAUGAGUUAGCUUCCCCAGAGCGCAGGCACCAAGUAACAGCAGCCAGCCUCCAACUAGAAGAGGGAAAUGGUUGGGCAGUGCAGUUGCAAAUCUGGAGUCCUAUCCAAGCCUUGGCCCAGAGUUGAAGUUUUCACUUAUGUGGAUCCCACAUGACUUAAGAGGAGGUACACAGCUGGAGUAGGGAAAUGCUGUGCUAGGGAAAAAAGCUUAGUGUGCUUUUUUCUUGGUAUGUUUAAUAACAAGAACUCCAACUUAUUUAGUGUUAAGGAAAGGGGCAAACCAAGCUCUGACCCUAGUUGCACAAAUUUUACAAGAUCAAUGCAGCAAAAGAAGGAAGCAAGGGCACAUGAGGUCACUGCCCUCCAUUUUUUAAGUUGGUUCACUUGUCUCAAUCCUGCGGCUUUGCAGAUUGAACCAGGGAACCACAAUAGUUAGGGUGGAAGGAAAAAUACUAGGGUUUGCUAACUGGGAGCGUGUGUGGCUGGUAAAUAGCAAUUCAAACACCCGGGGAGCAGUGGUGAAGGGAGAACGAACAGGCACGGAAACUGAUGGGUGGCACAUUUUCUUUCAGGACAAAAAGAAGCACAGAUCAGACAAUGAAGAACAAAAUGUUGCGUUGACAUCACUCCCACAGCCACACUAUGCAAACGGAGUUCCUGACCCACCACAGUACACUGCAACAGAAGCAAACAGGUGAGAAUCCUGUCGAACUAGAACAGGCUUCCUCAACCUUGGCCCUCCAGAAGUUUUGAGACUACAAUUCCCAUCAUCCCUGACUACUGGUCCUGCUAGCUAGGGAUCAUGGGUGUUGUAGGCCAAAAACAUCUGGAGGGCCAAGACUGAGGAACCCUGAACUAGAAGAUAAACCCAGCCUUCAACUUCCAGUCCUAAGCAACACAGGGAGCUAUUUUGUUUUGCAAGCCCUGGGUGAUGCAUCAGAGGGGACCUGUGCAUUCUGCUCCAAGCAGAUGCUUUCUGAGUUCUUGUCCCAACUUUGUCCCCACCCCCAUAUGUGUAUCUCUCUGUAGAUGGCAAAGUUCCACCUGCUUCUUUUCUGUGUUAUCAGGAUGUUGUUAAGGGAACAGGAGCAGGGCCAGUUUAAAAAGGGGAAAUUAGCAAUCUCGUGAUGAACAAAACUUGGGUCACCCUUGCGUCACGUUAACGUUUGAACCUUCAUUUUGUAGAUACUCACAGCUUCCUGAAAGCAUCCCUGGAAACACACAGACAGACUGGUGAGUCCUUUGCAAGAGUGAAGAAAGUGGAGCUCAUUCUCCGUUAUGAAUAAGAGUUUAGGCAGGGCUCAAAUUGUUGGGCACCUGCCAAGCCCUAUGUCCACUGGGUGGGGAGGGGGGGUGGCUCUAUCAGUCUCUACACCAAGGAUGGGGAACUUGCAGCUCUCCAGUGUGGUUGCACUCCAACUCCCAUCAGCCCUAGCCAACGUGGCCACUGGUCAGGGAUGAUAGGAGUUAUAGUUCAACAACAUUUACAUUGCCUAUUCAUCCUCCAGGGCCUCCUGACCACAAUGCUCCUCUUCCUUCCUGUUUCUUAUUGCUCACCAUGAGGAUGUAUUUUCUGAACACCUGCAGUGUUUUACUUUUCCCCUUUAGAAAGUGUACCACACAAUGACCCUGAGAAAUCAUCCAGAAAAAAUAGUACUUAUUCUUCCCUAGGAAGGGAAUAUUAAUUGGACCACACAGAGAUGUAGAGACUAUAUCUAGCACUCUGGUGCUUCUCUGUUCAAGACAUGGAGGGAAAGAAGAUUUGAGGUUUACCUUCUUCCCUGUUGCAAGUUCCUUGCGUUGCAGUUCCACAAUGGCCUUGGUGUCUCUAUGACCAAACCUUCUGUGCCAGAGUUCUGGAUCUGCUUCAUCCUUCUGGUGAAUGUGUGCCACAUUUGCAGUACACAGUUCUGACAGAUUAGUCUUGUAGACACCAUUAAUCAAACAUGCUUCAGCAUAUAAUUUGCCAUUUUAGGUAACUUAGCAUUUACCAUUCCCAGAUUGUAUAAGUAAACCUUUUCUGUCUGAGGUGGACACACAGAUCACGUUGCAAUUCAAUCAGUUUUCUUUCAACUGAUUGCUUAGCUUGCAGUUUAAGGUUCCUAAACCUGUACCACAUAUCUUCAUGCUUACACCAUUUGCAAUUUGAAUAUUGCUAUCCACAGAUUGAUUAAUAUUGUCAAUGUUUCCAAAGAAGUCUUAAUCAUAACUCAUAUGUGAAGAACAUCCAGAAUCAAUUAUCCAUCUGUUUAAUUUUGAAUCACAACUGUUUACAGUUACAUUCUCCUCAUGCAGAAAAAAAAGUUUUUCCUUGUUCCCUUUAUUUUGACUUGGUCACUUAAAUGAAAGGGAUUUUGCUGGUUUGAGAGCUUACAAAAUUUGGAUAUAUGUCCCUCUUUGUUACAUCUGAAACAAACCACCAUUUGGGCUCUCCUCUGAGACUGAAACACAUAGUUUGUGUCACGGGGUUUUCCAUUCCUGGCUAGAGAGGUUGCUCUUCUCUCCAUACAUUCCUCUCUCAAGUGACCAAUGGCAUCAAGUUAUGGUUAACCUUGGUUAUUCAUCCAUGGGAGCUGGCUUCAUAUGGUGGAAGAGAGUGAAGAAAGAAGCUUCACUUCUUUCUUCACCAGAGACCUAAUUGGGUCUAGGAAUACAAUUCUGUGCUCUUAACCCCUUCAUGCAUUAAGUAGCUCCAAGAUUGCUGGUUGUUUGACUGCAAAUUCCCACACUCUGAAUAAAAGAGCUGAGACAUGAGGCAGGAGCAGGAGCUUAACCCCAGAGGAAGAAGGCAGGGGAAUGGGGUGGGGUGGCCAAGUCAAGGGCCUACUGUGGGCAACUUGCCCAAGAGCCCCUCAAAACCUGGAACCAACAUGUAAGAAGUUACAAUGGUAGAGUCAGACCAUUGAUGCCUCUGUUGGUCCAGGAACGUCUAUAGCAGAGAUGCCCACCAAGGCAGAUCGGAAUCUUCUGGGCAAUUUGCCAUAAAUUGGCAACGUUUCUGACUCCCAGUUAUAUAAUAGCAGCAACAAAACUAUUUCUCCCCAUCUAAGUACGUUAGGCUGCUGCAGUGAUAAAAGAGAACCAGUAAUGGACUCUUAUGUGAAUGACUGCGAGCUCAGUUCAGUUUUGGUACUGGAAACAAAUAACUAGGCUCAGAAUGUCAGGCACUCGUGUUCUUUAAUUCUAACUGUUGAGUGUUUCAUAUCUGGAUCCGACUGGUAGAUCCAGUAGAAAACAAAACCAUUCUAACAAGCCUGAAGUCUGCCUACCCUACACUGACUUGCUGUAGCUGUCUGGGGUUUCACACUCAGAUCCUUUGCAAUUCUACCUGCAUAUGCUGGGGAUUCAUCUUGGAACCUUUGGAUUGCAAAGCAUGUGCUCUACCACUGAGUUAUUGCCUUCCCCUAUACUGUAUAUAUUAUUUCAUUGCUUCCGUGUUGUUUUUUCCACCAAAACCCAGGACUCUUAUCCCCACCCCCACAUCCAUUUGGCACCCUCUUACACAUUCCUUUCUUCUUUCUCUGUCUGUAGGCCCCGCUAUGCUGCCAGUUAUGAGCCACACACUGGAUAA